AACAACCAUUUCUGGUGAAUUGUAGAUAACCGUGAGACAGCUGCACUUGGCGUAAGCACAGCCACAUUUACACGAAUUUAUCAAAUUUAUCAGCGCUUGCAACAUGUUUUAUCGAUACUAUCGAAUAUUUCAGUAAUAGUCGCAGUUUGUGUAAAUUGGAGAAACACCCUAAUCGCAGUGAUUUUAAAAUUGCAAUAUUUAAUGACAAUAAAAAUUAUCUAUUGCUGCCAGAGUGUAUAGUGUGACAGUGUUUAUGAUGGUUUGAUUGAUACAUUGCAUUUUAAUUUAAAAUUAUCACCGCUAAUUAAAUAAAUCAAUUCGACCUUAUUAUGAUGCACUUAAAGAUGAGUUUACUAAGGUGCUUAUUCCUACUAUGUUUGGUCCAUCAUGGAACAAGCAGGAUGCAUACACUAGAUGUGAUGGGUGAAUCAAGAAAGUUUAUAGCAUUAAGUACAUUUGGGUUCUACAAAGGUGGCAUACUGGAGGUUCAGUUAGAAAAUUUCAGAGUAAAUCCAGAAAAUAAGACAGAUAUAUUUGGGUUUAGUAUAGAUAGAACAUUGAAUGAUGCAAUGAAUCCCUACCUGGACCAACAUGGUGAACAGUGUUUAUUAAAAGACAUUCAAACAGGUUCCAAAACUGAGCACUUUACACCUGCUAUUUAUUUUACAAUGGAUCUCAAUACUUUACUGCUGACAGUAAAUUGCAGUCAUGAAUGGAUGCUACCAUUGCACAUUUAUAAAAGACAGGAAAAUAUUCCAGUAAGCAAUAAUGAUUAUGGUGAACAUUUAAAAAGGAUGAAGAGAGAGUUCAAAAACUCUCAGCAACAUCAAUCAUGUAGCACAUUACCACUACCCAUUGUGAAAAAAGUUAUUGAUGGUGUAACAUAUUAUAACACAAGUUUUGUGAUUUCUGUUGCCAGUGACUCUGAAGAAGGCCUUUACAACUUGUAUUUCCAUAGUUGUCCGAAUUAUCCAACGCAAUCCCGCACGUAUGACUUUACAAUGCACAUUUAUGAGAAAAACAUCGGCGGAUUUCUCUCCGCUGGUGAAAUGCCGCUUCCGGCGUUGUACAUGACAAUGGCUGUGCUGUUCUUUUUGUCUGGAUGCUUUUGGGUGUUCUUACUGCGGCAAUCGCGUCACCCGAUCUUCAAAAUUCACUACUUAAUGGCGUGUCUGGUAUUCUUGAAAGCGCUCUCUCUCGGUUUCCACGGCGUAAAUUACCAUUACAUCGAAGCCUUGGGAGUCCACCUCGCCACAUGGGCGAUUCUGUUCUAUAUCGCGCAUUUACUAAAGGGCGCUCUGCUUUUUAUCACUCUAGUCCUCGUGGGCACUGGCUGGACAUUCAUUAAGCACGUCUUGGCUCCGCGAGAUAAGCGUUUGUUUAUGGCGAUCAUUCCCCUGCAGGUAUUAGCAAAUGUUGCUGAAAUAAUACUGGAAGAGUCCGAGGAGGGAUCCAGGGAGCACAACGCAUGGCGUGAUAUACUUAUAUUGGUCGAUCUGCUUUGUUGCGGAUGCAUACUCUUCCCAGUUGUUUGGUCAAUCAGACAUUUGCAAGAGGCAUCGCGCACUGACGGCAAAGCAGCCGUCAAUCUGCGUAAACUGAAACUAUUCCGGCAUUUCUAUGUGAUGAUUGUGUGCUACAUCUACUUUUCGCGCAUCAUCGUUUACCUGCUGAAGAUCACCGUGCCGUUUCAGUACGGGUGGUUGGAUGAGAUGUUCAGGGAGAUGGCCACGUAUGCUUUCUUUGUUUUGACCGGUUAUAAAUUCCGGCCUGCUGCGCAUAAUCCAUACUACAAUUUGCCAACGGAUGAUGAAGAAGAAGAUUUAGUAAUUUCGGAUACGGGUUUAACCGAAGGCUUAUCACGCGUUAAUUCUCGCUACAAACACGCCAAGAAACCGCAAGCCACAAUGACGGAAGUGACCGAGGAGGAAAGCGACCAAUUGCUGCUACAAAAGGAGAGCAGCCACGAAUAUGAUUAGUAACAUUUUGACCAUUAAAUUGUAUAUAUGAUCACAUUGAGAAAUUAUUGCAAACUUCGAAUGCGACAGAAGACAACUCGUUACAUGUCCAACCAAAGAGAAACGUUCGCAUGGUUUUCAUUUUUAGACCACAAGCAAUUGUUACAAAUAUGAAGAUUGUUUUUAAGUGUCCUGUGAUAGAACUUUGAUGUGUGUGAUCAUGUAUAUCGCAAUUAUGUAUGUUUUAUUUAAUUGAACAUAAUGUACGUAUAUAUAAGCAUUCAACUUACUGCGGAUUUAAACGAAUAACUGCAAUAAAAGCGUUUAGUUUACAAGUCGAACAUUUUAUAGUUAAAAAUAUUUACACAAAUUACACCGGUUGCUAAUAGAGUAUUUUGUAAUUAUUCUCUUAGAGUGAUUAAUAUAUUUGUUUUAGUUUAAGGAUAAUAAAGUUAAUAAACGAAUAAUCGACCA